AUGGGCUCCUCCGACGGCGAUGGCCCGUCGCAAUCCCCCCAGCAGCACGUCGUCGUAAUGCGCCACGGCGACAGGCUGGACAACUUCGUCCCCCUCUGGGCGGCGUCGGCGCCGCGCCCCUGGGACCCGCCCCUAGUCGACGACGGCAAGGUCCGAGCGUUCGGCACCGGCGAGAGGUUCCGGAGGCAGCUGGGUUUCCCGAUCCACCGCGUCUUCGUCUCCCCCUUCCUGCGCUGCCUCCAGACCGCCGCCGAGGUCGUCACGGCCCUCUGCGCCGUCGCCAACAAUUCCGACGAUCCGAACGACGUGACCUCGAACGGCGUCGUUAUUGAUCCGUCCAAGGUGAAGGUCUCAAUCGAAUACGGGUUGUCUGAGAUGAUGAACUCCGUGGCUAUCCGAGAUUCCGUGUCUCCAAAAGAUGGGAUUUUUACCUUUUCCAUCUCCGAGUGCGAAGCUGUUUUACCGGCUGGAACAAUUGAUAAAACCGUUGAAAUGGUUUACAAGGAGCUUCCCCGAUGGCAGGAGACAGUAGAAGGUGCCAGGGCUAGAUAUCUUGAAGUCAUCAAGACUCUUGCUAACAAAUAUCCUUCAGAAAACUUGCUGCUAGUAACACAUGGGGAAGGAGUUGGAUCUGCUGUUUCCGGUUGCUUGCCAGAUUUUAUGGUAUGUGAGGCCGAUUAUUGUGCGUAUUCCGUCUUGCGUAGAUCCAUGGCUCUGGGUGAAAAUCAGUCGUUUACCGUCUUGGGGUCUCCUAAAGGUCUGUCUGGUAUUUCAUUGAUUAGAAUACCUGAAGAAGCUGCUCAAACCUCCGUUUAA